AUGGAGCCCAUCGCUAUCGUUGGGCUGUCGUACAAGCUACCGGAAGGUGAUAAUGAGGAUCACAGCUUCUGGGACAAUCUUCAAAGAGGCAGAAGCCUCAGUCGUCCGUGGCCUAAGUCCCGAGGCAACAUCGAUGCAUUCUACAGCUCCAACGUAGCGAUGGAUAAUACGGUAUACUCCACGAAUGCUCACUUUGUCAAAGAAGAUCCUGCCGCCUUUGAUGCAGCCUUCUUCUCCAUAACCUCGAAAGAGGCCGCAUCGAUGGAUCCUCAACAGAGAUGGCUAUUGGAAACUUCAUACAAAGCACUGGAGAAUGCUGGAAUUCCACCAGAAACCCUUGCUGGAUCACAGACGGCAGUGUUCGCUGCUUCCAUGUCCGAUGACUACAGCAGAAUCUUGGCUAGAGACCCCGACGAAGCACCGACCAAUACCGCGACUGGUACCUCGCCUUCUAUUCUAGCCAAUAGGCUCAGCUGGUACUUCGACUUCAAAGGGCCUAGCAUCCAACUGAAUACGGCAUGCUCGACCAGCAUGAUUGCGAUGGAUUUGGCUUGUCAAUCGCUUCGUAGCGGCCAGAGCUCAAUGGCUCUUGUUGCCGGAGCAAACGUCCUCCUCAGCGUCGAAAUCUCACUCUACCUAUCGAACAUGCAGAUGCUCUCACCAGACGGCGUCUCCUACAGCUUCGAUCACCGUGCCAAUGGCUACGCCCGUGGAGAGGGUGCGGUAGUCCUGGUACUCAAGAGGCUUUCGGAUGCCAUUCGAGAUUCAGAUGUCAUACGUGCCGUAGUUCGGGCGACUGGCUCAAACCAGGAUGGACGCACACCAGGUAUCACGCAGCCCAGCGCGGAAUCGCAAGAGCAGUUGAUAAGACAAGUCUAUAAGAGCAGCAAUCUGGGAUUUGAGUCUACACGAUAUGUCGAAGCUCAUGGAACUGGUACCCAGCUCGGAGAUGCCACGGAGAUGAAGGCGAUAGGUAGGACCUUCCGGGCUAGCCGAUCACAAAAACACCCGCUAUAUGUUGGGUCCGUCAAAUCCAACAUAGGCCAUCUCGAAGGCUGUAGCGGACUAGCUGGAAUCCUCAAGUCUAUCAUGAUAUUGGAAAUGGGCGUCAUACCACCAAGCGCACUUUUCGAGAAGAUCAGUCCAAAGAUCAACGCCAAAAUCUACAAUGUUGAGGUACCCACGAAAUGCAUCCCAUGGCCGACCAAUGGGCUGCGUCGCAUCUCAGUCAACUCAUUCGGAUUCGGCGGUUCCAAUGGACAUGUCAUACUGGACGAUGCAUAUCACACUCUUGAGUCCAUGAACCUACAAAGCUUCCACAAUACAUUGGUUGCUUCGACUCUGCAGAAGUCACAAAUGAAUGGCAAUAUUCCAAAUGGAAACAUGAAUGGCACGAAUGGCAACGACCAUGCCAGCGAGUAUGGGGUGACCGCUGAUCCUGCUCAUAUGAAUGGCUCGACAACCGAGAGUACUACUCAGAGUGUCAAGGCACCGGAAGGGGGUGUUCAGCUACUCGUCUGGUCUGCAAGGGACGAAGCUGCGUUACGACUCGUGAUUAAGCAGUAUGCAGACUACUUCGACAAUCGCGUAUUAGGGCAUGAAGAGAAACUACGUCGCCUCGCCUAUACUCUGUCCUCUCGUAGGAGUGUCAUGACGUGGAGGGCAUACGCAGUCGUUGAUCCCAGCGAGAAGUUCACGACCAUCAGCGCUGCUACCUCGACCCUGAUACGUUCAGCCCGAGAGGCUGGCAUGGCGUGGAUAUUCACUGGUCAAGCAUACCUGGCCAAGGCUUCUCUCUCUGGAAAUGUCCACGUUGCUUGCGUCAACAGCCCUUUCAACGUAACAUUAUCUGGCGAUGAGGCCGAAAUCGACACGCUGAAAGAUCGGCUGGAUGAAGAUGGCAUAUUCGCGCAGAAACUGAGAACGGGCGUAGCUUACCAUUCUCCCGCUAUGCAUGCCAUUUCCGCGGAGUAUUACUCGUCGAUGGGUCCACUCGAACGAGGCCAGCAACAAAGCUCGAUCUUCAUGGUUUCUUCUGUGACUGGCACAGUAGUCGAUGCCGAUGCCUUGGUCACAGGUAGUUACUGGGUCGAUAAUCUUGUCUCCCCCGUCAGAUUUGCGGACGCCCUGCGACACCUUGCCGUAACAGCACCGAAGCUCGAUCGCAAUCACACUAUACAUGAUUAUGUCGAAAUCGGACCUCACGCAGCACUGAAGAGACCUUCCAACGAGACACUGGGUCAGUACGCGACCAAGAAGCAAGCUAGGUACAUGUCUUUGUUGUCGAAAUUCGAUUCUUCUCUCAGAUCGACCCUGAGGACAAUCGGGUGCUUGUUUACGCAUGGAUAUGCUCCGUCAAUUGAUGCGGCGAACCUACAAGAUGCUCAAAGGGAACGCCUGCAGAUCCUGGUUGACUUGCCUGAGUACCCUUUCGAUCGUUCGCAGACAUACUGGCACGAGACUCGACUUAGCCGAGACUGGCGGAUGCGCAACAACGCACCAAGAAGCGUUCUCGGCAUAUGUGCUACGGACUGGAAUCCUUCCGAGCCGCGAUGGCGAAAGAUGCUUAGUCUAGAAGAGACUCCUUGGCUUGCAGACCACGUCGUAGGUGACCAGGCGCUUUUCCCGGCUACAGGAAUGAUUAUGAUGGCUCUAGAAGCCGUAAAACAACACUUUCAGACCGACCAAGUCAUUUUGGGCUACAAUAUCAAGGAAGCAACAUUCAUGAAUCCCAUCGUCGUUAGCUCUGAGCCUACGAGCAAGACCGAAGUGGUGACUCAGCUACGCCCGCUUCGUCAGGACUACGAGAAGACGUCGACACGUUCAGAAGUUCGUAUUUUCGCUCGAUCAGACAGCGAGUGGAUUGAGUGUGUCCGAGCUGAAGUGCAUGUGGAAUACGAGGAGACUGCCACAGAAGUAGAUUGUGGUCUUGAGGCGAGAGCUCACGCUAAAUCAUUGCUCGAUAGCUACGUUGCCGCGGAACAACAAUGCAUGCUUCCUAUAAGCAAGACGGACUUCUACGACUGGCACAAGAACCAGGGCCUCAAAUACGGCGAAGCGUUCGCGUUGGCAGACAAGAUCCGCUGGGAUGGGCACGAGCUCGGUAUUGCGAGCGUCGACGUCAGCGCAUCCAUGUAUUCUUACGAAGGGGUGGUGCACCCAGCAGUACUUGAUGCAGCUUGCCAAGUCUGCUUUACUGCUCCGUCUACUGGCAUGUCAGACAAGCUACCGACAAUUAUUCCUCACAAAGUUUAUGAUACCUGGAUAUCAGCAUCUGGGUGGCAACACCCUCAAACUCGCCACAUCAGAAUGCUCACAACGUCAAGAUUCAAGAAGACAAUCAAAGGCAUCGAGAGCUCUUUUACAGCGCUCGCAGAUGACGGAUCCCCGCUUUGCCAUGUAUCGCGUCUAGAGAUGUCGCCAGUGCUCGGUGCUGAAACGAAGAACGAAGUGGAAAGGAAGCUGCUACAUGGCUUUGAUUGGAAGCCCCAGCUAUCGCUCAUGAAGCCAAGCCAGCUUCAGGCGUAUUGUGAAGCUGAUUAUUUCGCAGAUGAUGAGUCAACGCAAGUCGACUUCAUCAUCGAACUUGAGCAGACGAUUCGCGCCGUUGUUCACCGCAACCUCGACCGACUGGAAGACACGGACUGGUCUACAGCACCAACACACAUGAAAAAAUAUCUGUCAUGGCUCAAGCUACACCUUGAGCACGUACCGAUACUGUCGCAAAAAGAGCUCACGGAUGAAGAGCUGAACAAGAAGCUCAAUCAUCUGAGUAUGCAAUUCCCGGACUGGAGAAUGUUCAUCGAGAUAGCAGAGCACAUUGUCCCCAUCGUACGCGGCGACAUCAAUGCGCUCGAACUGCUUUUCUCCACGACCCUCGCCCAAGACAUAUACAAAGCCAUGUUCGCGCCAGUGUACAAUGACAAAUUCAUCUCGUACCUCAGCCUAGUGGCGCACGAGAACCCAACACAGAAGAUCCUUGAGGUUGGUUCAGGGACAGGCGCUAUGACGGAACACAUUAUUUCCACUCUUCGCGACGUCGAGAACCGCACUGGCGGUACCGCAUUCUCUAGCUACACCUACACCGACGUCUCCCCAGGCUUCUUCGAGAAGGCACGCGAAAAGUUCUCUCAUAGCCAAGAUCGCAUGAUCUUCAAGACGUUUGAUAUCGAAAGCGACGUAACGAAGCAAGGCUUCCAAUCUGGUACCUACGACGUAAUCCUCGCCGGCAGUGUCAUCCACGCCACGAAGAACCUCGCCGCCACGCUCCAGAACCUCAAGCGUGCAUUGAAGCCAGGAGGCAAACUCAUUUUCCAUGAGACUACAGCGCCAGACUGCUUCCUCAUGAACUUUGGCUUUGGCAUACUGCCUGGCUGGUGGCUCAGCGAAGAGAAGUUCCGUACUUCCGGACCUACCAUCACAGAACCGGAGUGGGAUCGCUUGCUACGGGAAAACGGGUUCUCGGGCAACGACUUCGUUAUUCGCGAUUAUGAGGAGCCUGCUGCGCAUCAAUGCAGUGUGAUAUUCUCCACAGCCGUCGAAGACCUUCAGCCCUCACAUAAAGGUGGCAGAAUACUGUUCGUUGUCAACGAUGCCAACCAGUCUCACUAUGGUUUGGGCACCCAACUCUUGCAGCAAAAGCCCGGAACAUCCCGUACGACGACAAGAAUAUGCCUAUUCACACAGGUUGGCGUUGCCGAAGUGUCGAAAGAAGAUAUCGUCGUCUUUCUCGCUGAUAUAAGUGGGGAUAUCCUGAUGUCCACAUCGACUGAAGCAUUUCAGCUCAUUCGGGAAUGGGUGCAUGUAUCCGAGAAUCUCUUGUGGGUCUCUUCUGCUAUGCUCCCCAACAACACCGACUGCUCUCCUUAUCCUUGUGCUAGUCUCAAGGAUGGCUUUCUUCGGGCCAUGCGGCUAGAGUUCGCUAACAAGCGUAUCGUAACGCUCUCGAUUGAGGAUACGGUCCGCGAUUGGAUCAGCGGAUGCAACGCCAUCUGGGAUGUACUUGACGUAAUGUCCUCAGCGCAGUCGCCGGAACUCGAGUACGUGCUACGCGACGGCCACAUGAUGACCGGACGGCUCGUAGAAGAGAGGGAUCUGAACAUGGACUUGAACUCAAUGGUCAAGCCACAGAUGCGGACAGAGCCCUGGCUUCCCGGUCCACCACUCAAGAUCGAGAUUGGAAGCAGAGGCUCUCUUGAAACAUUGCAUUUCGCAGAAGACACUGAACAUCAUGCUCCCCUCGGAGACCGAGAGGUCGAAAUUGAAGCCAAAGCGUGGGGCCUGAAUUUCCGCGAUAUGUUCCAGGCGCUCGGUCGACUGGAAGAAGAUACCUUCGGCUCUGACUGUGCUGGUGUAGUCACGCGCGUAGGCUCCGCCUGUACACGUAUUCAACCAGGAGACCGAGUCUGCAUUUGCGGUGUUGGGUGCAUGCGAAUGUUUCCUCGCGCCGACGAAUGGGCUACCGUUGAGAUUCCAGAGGCCGUCUCGUUCGAAGAAGCGUGCGCAGUACUAAACUGUGGCAUAACAGCCUAUUACUCCCUGGCCGAAGUUGCGAGAUUGCAAAAAGGAGAAAAGAUUCUGAUUCAUGCUGCAUCUGGUGCGACUGGUCAGCUUGCUAUCCAGAUCGCCAAAUUGAUAGGCGCUGAAAUAUUCGUGACCGUAGGCUUCGACUUCAAGAAGCAGCAUCUCAUCGACCUGUAUGGGAUCCCUUCCGACCACAUUUUUUACAGUCGAAACACGACUUUCGCGAGAGGAAUCAUGCGUCUCACAAAUGGGUACGGCGUUGACGUCGUGUUGAAUUCUCUUGUGGGAGAGGGGCUGCGUGCCUCGUGGGAAUGCGUCGCACCAUAUGGCAGGUUUGUUGAGAUUGGCAAAGCUGACAUCAACGCCAAUUCUUCACUCCCAAUGGCGGCUUUUGCGAACAAUGUCUCGUUCUUCGCGGUCGAUCUGCGCCAUAUUGCUUUGAAUCGCAAGCAAAUGGGACGGGACUUGCUCCACAAGACGAUGGAUCUCGUCGGAGAAGGGAACAUACACUGUCCGAGGCCAUUGAACCUUUUCCCGGUGUCAGACGUUGAGGGCGCGUUCAGAUAUCUCCAGAGCGGGAAGAAUACUGGACGCAUCAUCAUCCAAAUCGAUCCUUCUGCAAAAGUGCAGAAACGCGUUCUCCGCCGUCGAUCGUGGCAAUUCGACCAGAACGCCAGCUAUAUCGUUGCCGGAGGACUGGGUGGCAUCGGGAGAUCUAUACUCAAAUGGAUGGCCUCUAGGGGCGCGCGACAUCUGAUCGUACCAUCAAGAUCUGGUGCUUCUUCGGGAGCAGCUGCUGAACUGGUGAGCGAACUAGCGGAGCGAGGCAUCAACGACGCGACAUUCGACAACAUGAGUCACACUCAGUGGGUUCAGACUAUCCGUUCCAAAGCCCACACUUCAUGGAACCUCCACACCGUGCUUCCUCGCGAUCUGGAUUUCUUCAUCAUGUUAUCGUCGGUGGCAGGCGUCGCAGGCAACAUCGGUCAGUCCAACUAUGCAGCAGGCUGCACCUUCCAAGAUGCACUCGCACGUCAUCGAGUCCAGCACCAGCAGCGCGCAACGUCCAUUGACCUGGGUGUCAUGCGCACCAUUGGCAUCGUCGCGGAGACUGAACGCUUACACGAGAACUUCAAAAAGUCCGGGAGUCUCGGCCAGAUUGAGGAGGAUGAGUUCCUGGCACUGUUGACCAUAUACUGCGACCCAAAGCGUGCCAAUAUGCCGCACACGAUAGGCGAAAGUCAAAUUGCCAUGGGUCUGGUAACUCCUGUCGAUCUGCUGGAGCGCAAUUUGGAACCCGCUGAGGUGUUGCAGCGCCCACUCUUCGCAUCUUUCUCUCGAGCCCGUGGCACGAACCAGGCCAACACACAGAGCAGCGUCAGUGCUGCCACGCUGUUCAAUCUUGCGGAGGACGAUGAGCAGCGAGUAGCAGUAGUCCUCGAGGCGCUGGCGCGCAAGCUCGCCCGCGCACUGUCCAUCCCUCCAGAGGAGAUUGACGUCAAUAAACCCCUUCACGCUUUCGGGGUGGAUUCACUUGUCGCAGUCGAGCUGCGCAACUGGAUUGGCAAGGAGUUUGCUGCGGACAUUGCGGUUUUCGAUAUCAUGCGCGGUAGGACCGUGGCCGCAAUCGGGGAGCUGAUCACGAAGAUGAGUCAACUCAAGCGGACGAAGAAAACUGUGGCCAGUCUUGAGGCAGAUGCAUGA